CGGAGGAACCCUAACCUAUAUCAGAGAAGAAGAACAGGCGACUACCGAUGGCGGCGCUUCGAGUCACGGCGAGGAGGCUCGUCGGCGGUGGCCAGACGCCGGUGGUGGCUGUGGACAAGGUGCAACGCCGGCUCUUCCCGAGGCUCUCCCAGGUCGACCGGGCUAGGUCCACCACAUCCUCCGCUGCUGCGGCGGCCAAGUCUGCAAAGCAGGGCCGUGAAGAUCGGGAGAAACUCCUGAGAGAGAUCCAUAACAUGAGAGAGGAGCUGUACGAUAAGGUUUCGCACGCGGAAAGGACCUACGAUAUCCCUGGCAGGGCAGGCAAACAUAUCCGUCGGCUGCGCGAGGAGCUCGCCGUGCAAGUGGAUCCUAGACCCGGGGACAGCACAUGGCGCAAGAUGCGCUGGAACUCAUCUUAUGCUCUACUGCAGUCUGCAAAGCAGGGCCGUGAAGAUCGGGAGAAACUCCUGAGAGAGAUCCAUAACAUGAGAGAGGAGCUGUACGAUAAGGUUUCGCACGCGGAAAGGACCUACGAUAUCCCUGGCAGGGCAGGCAAACAUAUCAGUCAGCUGCGCGAGGAGCUCGCCGUGCAAGUGGAUCCUAGACCCGGGGACAGCACAUGCUUGUAUGUGCUCAUGGGCAUGGCCGCUGGUAGGAUCGUUGAAUUGCAUCCAGAUGAAAAGCAAUGGAUCAAGAAGAAAAGAGGGGAGGCGCGCAAGCAAAGUGAAACAAAAUGA